GUUUCCAUUUCAUAGUAAAAUUGGUUUCUCUCCCUCCAUCUCUCUCUCUUUCUCUCUCAACGAUGAUGAAGAAACGAAGGACGCUUCUCUUGAUCGUCGUAUUCAUCUUGUAUCGUAUAAGCCAAGUGCGAUCAGAUGCCUCCGAUCACCGCUACCAACAGAGCGACUCCGUUCCGCUCUAUGCUAACAAGGUCGGACCAUUCCACAAUCCUAGCGAGACGUAUCGGUAUUUUGACCUUCCUUUCUGCUUACCAGCUCAUUUGAAAGAGAAAAAGGAGGAUUUGGGUGAGGUGUUGAAUGGUGAUCGUCUUGUCAGUGCUCCUUAUACUCUUGACUUUCAAGUUGACAAGGAAUCUGUGGUUGUUUGUAAAAAGAAGCUGAAAAAGAAUGAAGUUGCACAGCUCCGGACUGCUGUAUUGAAGGAUUACUACUUCCAGAUGUACUAUGAUGACUUGCCUAUUUGGGGAUUCAUUGGAAAAGUUGACAGAGAAGGGAAAGAAGACCCGAGUGGCUUCAAAUAUUCCCUUUUCCAGCAUAUUCAUUUUGAUGUCUCUUACAAUAAGGAUCGUGUGAUUGAGGUCAAUGCCCGUAUGGAUCCUCACUCUGUAGUUGAUUUGACUGAGGACAAGGAGGUAGAAGUUGAGUUCACAUACACAGUAAAGUGGAGGGAAACAGACAUACCUUUUGAAAAUAGAAUGGACAAGUUUUCACAGACUUCUUCUCUUCCACAUCACCUAGAAAUUCAUUGGUUUUCAAUCGUAAACUCUUGUGUUACGGUUCUUCUCUUAACUGGUUUUCUAGCCACAAUCCUCAUGAGGGUUCUUAAAAAUGACUUUAUCAAGUAUGCUCAUGAUGAGGAAUCACCCGAUGAACAAGAGGAGACAGGAUGGAAGUAUACUCAUGGAGAUGUGUUCCGAUUCCCCAAGUAUAAGUCCUUAUUUGCUGCAGCUAACGGCUCUGGUACUCAGUUGUUUGCUCUGACUGUUUUCAUAUUUUUACUUGCUCUGGUGGGUGUAUUCUAUCCUUACAACCGAGGUGCACUAUUUACUGCACUGGUUGUUAUCUAUGCUCUUACUUCUGGAAUAGCUGGAUAUACUGCUACCUCCUUCUAUUGCCAGCUUGAAGGAACCAACUGGGUGAGAAAUUUGAUGCUUACUGGAGGUCUUUUUUGUGGGCCUUUGUUCCUGACGUUCUGCUUCCUCAAUACUGUUGCCAUUACUUAUAGUUCUACUGCCGCUCUUCCAGUUGGGACUAUUGUGGUUAUUGUGCUCAUAUGGAUGCUAGUAACGUCACCAUUGCUUGUGCUUGGGGGAAUAGCUGGAAAGAACAGUAACGUUGAAUUCCAAGCUCCUUGCCGCACAACAAAGUACCCAAGAGAAAUUCCUGAAUUGCCUUGGUAUAGAAGCACAAUACCUCAAAUGGCAAUGGCAGGGUUUUUGCCUUUUAGUGCUAUCUACAUAGAGCUGUACUACAUAUUUGCAAGUGUUUGGGGUCACAGGAUUUACACAAUAUACAGCAUUCUGUCCAUUGUCUUUGUUAUUCUGCUAAUCGUGACAGCAUUUAUAACUGUGGCAUUGACAUACUUCCAGCUUGCUGCUGAAGAUCAUGAGUGGUGGUGGAGGUCAUUUCUUUGUGGUGGAUCGACCGGUCUGUUUAUAUAUGGUUACUGCUUGUACUAUUACUAUGCAAGAUCCGAUAUGUCAGGGUUCAUGCAGAUAUCGUUUUUCUUUGGGUACAUGGCCUGCAUCUGUUACGGUUUCUUUCUCAUGUUAGGGACUGUUGGUUUCCGAGCUGCAUUACUCUUCGUUCGCCACAUAUACAGGUCUAUCAAGUGCGAGUAAUCACUGGCAAUGAGAAAACUGCUACCUUAUACAAUAGAAGGCCACUGGUUUGGAAAAAGAAAGCUACCUGAGGUUAGUUUCUCAUAGUAAGAUUCUAGAUGUACAUUAAAUUGGAGGUCCUCUUUAUUUAUUCUAACUAGGAGAGUACACUUUAUAAAGGGAGAGUUCGAGUUUUUAUUGGGAAAACCCGAAAAAACCCAAUUUUUUUGUAUGGAUACCAUUGAUCUAUAUAGAAUUUUAUUCA